AUGCCAGUAACUGGCCCUUCAGGUCAAGCAGCCCGUCGUUCCGUCAGAUCGUCUACGACUUCCUGCACGGAGAAUCCGUCACGGCAGACCCAGCAGCAAGAACGCCGUGCGGAGAAGGCGAAGAGCUCUCAGCCGUACGUGCGUCCCUCGCGCAGCGAGUCGUUAGCCAAUGCCGCUGGCAGCUCAUCCUCCUCGACACAGCAAGUACCACAGCGGCCCGGCCUGAAGAACCGCGCCAAUUCGGCGCCCUUGGCCCCCAGAGCAAACCGUUUGCCUGGGUCCGCAUCCGACCAGCAUGAAGUCCACAUAACAGCUCAAAGCUCGCAGCAGCUCCAACGCGGACCUAGGAGCGGUGAGGCUGAAGAUGACGCCGAUGUCGAUAACCAUGAAAUCUCCGAAGAUCCCUUUUUUCAGCGGUACAACGUGCCUCAGCUACCCGCAGCCCCUGCAGCACCUGCCGUCGGGGACGGUUCUUCAGACGAAGACGAGAGCGAGGACGAAGAUGAGGACAAGGAGGAUAACGAGAAGAGCGGGAGCAGCUCCGAAGCUGAGGAUUCUUCGGAUACUGAGGGCCCGCUGUCUCCUGAUCUUCUCGAAGGAGACCCUCGGCCAAGUCUCACAUCUACCGAGCUUUCAACGGAAGCUAUUCCACGUAACAGCAUGCAAGAGAUCAAUAUCGGAGUCCUCGGCGCCGCCGGUGUUGGAAAAACUACUUUCGUACAUAAAGCACUCGACCUUCGGUCUGCACCUGUCACGUCGGUAGCUACGAAAAAGCUAUCUUUGGACGGCAGUACAUAUGUGGUCCGACUUAUUGAGCUUCAGUUUGACGAUCUUGAUAUAGAAGACGACGAACCGCUACAGUGGCCGAGCACCAUAGAUGAUGAUAUCACGAUGCCACGGAUUGAUGGGGCUCUCACAUUGUACGAUGUUAUGGAUAAGGAUAGCCUGGGACAGGUGCCUGGGGCCCUGAAUGCCAUACAAAGAUUAUCGUUACCUUCGGUCCUCGUCGCAUGCAAGUGCGAUAACCACCCCCUUCACCGGCAGGUGGAUCCUGCCGAUGUCGAGAAGAAAGCCAAGACAUCUUUCGGCGGCAUCACCGUUCUACAGAGUUCGCAAGCUGCGCCGGAAACGCAGCAGCGAUGUCUGUCAGUUAUGUUACGGGCGAUCUUGUCCGGGAGAUCUGAUGUUGCACUCAAUCCAUUGGCCUUGCCGAAGAAAUCUGCAGAACUUCAUGCCACCCCAAACGCUUCUCUCGGGACAUCUUCAUGGCCUACAUUAUCCGUGCCUGCGCUGACGUUUCUUCUCGUUCAAGGUCAGCUUAAGCCCGCAGCAGCAACCGCAACGGCGGCGGCAGCGGCACGGAAAAGAGCCAGCUCUUCAGCAGUACGCACUGGCUCUCCCGCUCCUUUUAUGCGAAGGCAUGAGCGGGCAAGUUCGGAGUGGUCCGGUGGAAGGCUUAAAGGUCAGCCUUUCUCCCAGGAAGAAGACGUCCAGUCGCGCUUCCCUGAACCCGCCCGACCACGUCCUCAGCAUCCCUCGAGUACAUCUCAACAGUCAUUUCUCGACCUCGAAGAAUCGCCUACUUCCGAGUCACAAGAUUCUGAGCGGCACUCAUCUCCAGGUUCAGAGGUACAGAACACUGUGUUCGGACCACCCUCCGAUGAAACUGGCUACACCUUCGAUCAACUUGUUGAGCGACUCCUUGCACAGCCGCUCUCAAAGCAAGACAAUAAGUUCGCAGCUAUCUUCCUAGCCCUCUAUCGUAAGUUCGCGGCACCCCGCCAGCUGCUGGAAGCUAUCAUCACUCGCUUCGAAGCCCUGGAGCACGACAAAGCUAUCCAGAUGAUUCGGACCGUAGCCCAGCUUCGCCAUCUCACCAUCAUGGAGCAAUGGAUCAGCCUCUAUCCGGGCGACUUCGCACAUCCAGGCACUCGCCGCACGGCAACUCAGUUCAUUAAUAAACUGGCUAGCGACCGUAUCUUCUCUGUCGCCGCGCGCGAGAUGGCGAUGGAUCUUGAAGUAGUUGUCGAAGAUGACGACACCACCUGGGCCUGCUCAGACAUGUACCACGAGAGACAGCAGGUCUCCAGACAACGCUCGCAAACAUUCCUCAGCACCGCAAGCACGUUGGGCGGAAGCCCCAUUGAUGAGGAUGCUACUGGGACUGGAGCGUCUAAAUCUUCCCCCGGUACCGGCGAUAGUGACAGUGAGCAAACGCUGGUAGAUCUUUCAGUCGGUUCGCGCUCCACCAGUAGCUCCGCGAGCGCGUCCUCCUCCCAGACGAUGCUGGACGCUGUCGAGGGCGCCCAGCGACAGGCCAGGCUCCUCGUCGCUAUUCCUCGCAUGUCGCUCACCAAGACACAAUGGCAUCAGAUUAUGAACGAGCCUGAAGAGUCAAUCGCGCGCGAGUUGACACGCAUGGAUUGGAUCAUGUUUAGCUCCAUACGACCGAGGGAUCUCGAUAGACACGUCAGUCUGAAAAAGGAAGAGCAGAAGAAGUAUCGCAGCCUGGUGAACGUCAAUCGCAUGAUUGAACACUUCAACCACCUGGCAUAUUGGGUCGCCAACUUUGUGCUGCUGAGGGACAAGCCGAAGCACAGGGCAUUGAUGCUUGAGAAGUUCAUGAAGGUUGCCAGGAAACUUCGCGAACUCAACAAUUACAACGCUCUGGGAGCGAUACUGGCCGGCAUCAAUGGCACUGCUGUCCAUCGUCUUGCUGCCACACGCGACCUCGUCCCGGCCACCACCGCAAAAGACUUCAUGAAGCUCGAGAUCCUUAUGAGUACGCAAAAGUCGCAUUUUGCGUAUCGUCUCGCCUGGGAAAACUCCUCUGGAGAACGCAUUCCGUACCUACCUCUGCAUCGACGGGACCUUGUCAGCGCCAGCGAGGGCAAUCCCACCUUCAUUGGCGGCGCCAAAGGAGAGGAGCUCAACACCGGUGUGACUGGCAACGAGAGGGUCAACUGGAAGAAGUUCGACAUAAUGGGCGAGGUCAUAGUCGGUAUGCAGCGAGCGCAAGGCACACCUUACCCGGCCCUGGCGAGGAACGAGGAGGUCAAGCAGCUCGUGCUCGAUUUGAGAAUCGCUAAGGACGAUGAUGUAUGUGUGCUUGGGUUCACCGAGCUAUUCGACCGCAGUAUCCAAGUCGAACCGUCCGCAUCUGCGGUGAAUGAUCGAAAACGGUUCAUCAACUGGUUUCAGCGAUGA